AUGUUAUCGUUAAUGCACAAACACUCUUAUAUUUCUCUUUUAAGCUUUAAAUCCGGUGCCAGUCUGAGACAUAGGGCUAGCCAUGCUGCAAUUUAUCUACGCCCUUUCCAUUCCAAUGCGCAGUCCAAGGAUGCCGCCGAGGGAACCAUCGGAUCAGCUAGCAUUCAGUCUACUGAAGCGUUGAGGAUCCAUCCUGGGCGCCUCAACCAAACUAUUCUGAAUAGUGGUAACCGUUUCGGUAAAGCAUAUCGUUGGGGUGAUCAGCCUCAUGAAUUUGGUCUGCGCAGACUCGCGGGAACUGAAGUCGAUGGUGCCGUCAGAGAUUGGUUUGUCGAAGAAUGCAGGUCAUUGGGAUGCACAAUCAAAGUUGAUGAAAUCGGUAACAUUUUCGCUACUUAUCCAGGUAAACAUAGUGGGAAUCCGACUGCGAUAGGAUCUCAUCUCGAUACUCAACCCGAGGCAGGAAAAUAUGACGGUAUUCUUGGCGUUCUUGCGGGCCUUGAAGUAUUAAGAACCUUCAAAGAGAAUGGAUAUGUUCCAAACUUUGACGUUUGUGUUGUAUGUUGGUUUAAUGAAGAAGGAGCACGUUUUGCUCACUCCUGUAUGGGUUCUACCGUCUGGGCUGAAAAUAUGUCUCUGCAAGAAGCAUAUGGAAUGCUAUCUCUAAAUGAAGAAAAACCUCAAAGUGUCAUUGAUUCCCUUGACAGUAUUGGUUAUAAAGGUGAAACUGUUGCAUCUUACAAACAAAACGAACUUGCCGCCCACUUCGAAUUGCAUAUAGAGCAAGGACCACUUUUGGAAGACGAAAAUAAAAAAAUUGGUAUCGUUACAGGCGUACAAGCAUAUCACUGGGAAAAGAUAACUGUCUAUGGCAUAAGUUCUCAUGCGGGUACCACACCGUGGAAAUCCAGGAAGGAUGCAUUAGUUACAGCAUCUAAGAUGAUUGUGUCCGCUGCUAAUAUUGCCGAGAGACAUGGCGGUUUAUUCACUUGUGGUAUUGUUGAUGUCAAGCCUUACUCUAUCAAUAUCAUUCCUACGGAAGCAUCAUUUACUGUUGAUUUUAGACAUGAAAAUGACAUCAAAAUGGCCAGCAUUAUUGAUGAUGCACAUGCUGAAUUUAAGAAAAUAGCACAGGAAGGUAAAACUACUUUUGAUAGUGAAUUCCUUUUGACCUCUAAGGCUGUUAAAUUUCACGACACUUGUAUUAACUGUGUAACGAAAUCUGCUUUGGACCAGUUUGACAGUUCUGAAGUUAUUGAAAUAUGUUCAGGUGCUGGUCAUGAUUCAUGUCAGACUUCGAGCCGAAUCCCGACGUCUAUGAUCUUCAUACCUUCCAAGGAUGGUCUCUCUCACAAUUAUCAUGAAUACUCUUCUCCAGAGGAUAUUGAAAAUGGCUUCAAAGUAUUAUUACAGUCGAUCAUUAACUACGAUAAUUCCAGACUUGUCCAAAGUGCCUAG